GUUACAUCUAGGUUUAAAAUGGCGGACUAGAAAGAUGUAGCGUGGAAAUAUUCCUAAGCUGUUAAUUUCCUCGUGGAACCGGAUCAAUCAUGCCUAACUGGUACUUUAGUAAAGAGGGGAUGUUACGAACGCCUUCAAGGCUGGAUGGCAUUGAUUACAUGACUGAAAUACGCUACAGAAGAGAGGGAACCCGCUUCAUAAUGAACUGUGGGAAUCGAAUGAGAUUGUAUCCUUAUAUUCUGUUUUCAAAAAUGUACUCGUCAGAGUUUUCCCGCAAGAUAUUUUUGCGGUUCAGCCGCUGAAUACCGUGCCAUAUCGACUACUUCUUGUGAAGCUUACCAUGUACAUACAAAUGUACAUGUUGUGUAAAAUUCUCUAACCACUUUAAUUUUUAUAUUUUGCCUUUGUUUCACACUGUGGUUACAGACAUGAAACAGGUGAAAGUAAUAAAAAAAAGGAUUAUUUUGAGAUUUUCCGACACUUCAGCAAAGCUCCCGUGUUGUAAAAUGGAAAUAUUUUGCAUGUUUAUUUGCACUUGUGAUUAGUGGCUAAAAUUCACAAAUGUUUCAUCUUGACUAAGUGAACUUUAGACGUUAUGACACCAUGGCUACAGGAGCAGUUUACUUUCAUAGGUUCUACAUGGUGCAGUCAUUCAAGAACUUUCCACGAUGGGUAUGUUUGAUUUAAAGUGAACUGGAAAAUUCUGGAGAAUUAACCCCCCAAUGAAUUUAGUGUACACAUUUACUUUUAACAGAUCUACAGCCACUUGAGGUUUUUUGUUUUGUCAUUAAGACUCUUUAUUUUAAAUAUUUUAUUUUGGGUCUUUUUUAGGUUAGGGCUUUCCACUUGUUAUCAUUUUCCCAGUCUCUCUUCUCUCUCACCCCAAGGGGUAGAAACAAGAGAGACCCCACAGAGAAGCCUGCUUGUUGACACAAACGUAUUCCUCUGCUAAUAACAGCAGUAUUCUUGUUUCAAGCUCUCUCCUCAUUUUGCAGUUACAACUGGCAAUGACCAAUGAUAAAAAAAAAUUAUUUGUUUGUUUGUUUGUUUUUUUUAUGUUAGGUUACUGGUGCAGCAUGUUUAUUUCUUGCUGGGAAGGUUGAAGAAACACCUAAGAAAUGCCGUGAUAUUAUUAAAACAGCCAAAAGCCUUUUGCAUGAUAAUCAAUUUGAAACAUUUGGUGAGGAUCCAAAGGUAACAGUCUUUAACCCUUUAACUUAUAGUAGUGAUUAACAUGAAACUUCUCCCCAUAAUAUCCAUAGAUUAUUCAGCAAACAGAUAAUGAGAAUAUUCAAACUUAUCAGGUAGAAGCUGCUAUCUUGAUCCAGCACCAAGUUCUCAUAACUAAUUUACAAGGAUAUGUGUAGAAGCUAGAGGGGAGAAUUAACAAUCAGAUCUUUGGAGUUAAAGGUUUAAUACUGUUUUAGCUAUGCCAGUGUUUCAGGAUUUUAAAAGGUGUUACAGUUGUCAUGAACUAGUCCCUAUUUAACCUUUUGACCUUGAGAGUGACUAGCAUCUAAUCUCUCCUUUCAAUAUCACACCUGAAUCACACAUAAAGGUUAUGAGACUAAAGGAAAUGAUCACCAACUGAAGAAGCUUUAGAUUGUUAAACAAAUUCUCCUUGUCAGCACCAUAGAAAAUUUAUAGAAAAUAGUAUUGGUAUAGAAUAGUAUCGAGAACAUUCAUCCUGAUGUUAGGGUGUAAAGGGUUAAUUUUUGCAUUAAUUUUAAUAAAAUGAUCUUUGUCAUAUAAACCUGUUAUUUUACAAGUCGAAUCUGAGAAUUUUUGGAAGGUGCAGCAUUCUUAACCCUUUAACUCCCAGGAGUGACCAAGGCAGAAUUUCUCUUUACAAUAUCAAUACAAUAUCAAGCAUCGAAGUAAUGAGAAUAAAGUAAAAUAUCUAUUAGAGGAUUAUUAGUUGAUCCAAUACCAAAUUCUCCAAAUUGACAUCAUUAGAAUUGUAUGGCAGACAGUAAGGAGAAUUACUAUUGAGAUCAUGGGAGUUAAAGGGUUACAUCACUGUCAGCUGAGGGUGAUAUUAUGGGUCAGAUUAAAAUUACAGUGAAACAAGUGCAAAGCUUGUUUUUCCUCAAAGUUGUAUCAGAAUAUGAUAUGCAAAUUCAGUGGAUAAGUGUUGCAUUGUUUUCUUUAUUUGCAGGAAGAAGUGAUGAUGUAUGAAAGAGUUUUACUACAAACAAUUAAGUUUGAUUUACAAGUGGAACACCCAUACCCAAGUCUGCUCAAGUUUGGCAAAGCACUAAAAGGUUCAGUCUGUUUUGAAAUUUUUACUUUGUUCUUUUAGGAUUAUGAGUUAUUUGCCUUUGUAUACUGAAUGGUAUUUUUUUUACCAAGCAUCUUCCUAAGAGGCCUUGCUGGUCAAUGCAAAAUUUCCUACCUCUCAUGAACAGAUUUAUAAGGGGAGAGAUGCUAAUCUCUCACAGAGCCCUUCCCUAACCAGGAGUAUAUUAACUCUUUAACUCCCAAAAUCUAUUUGUUAAUUCUUCCUUCCAGCUGCUACAUAUUUUCUUGUAAAUUAGUAAUUAGAAUUUGGUGUUAGAUCAAGAUAACAACUUCCACUUGAUAAGUUUGAGUAUUCUCAUUACCUGUUUGCUGGAUAAUGAGCUGAUAUCAUAGGGAGUGAUCUCUUAUGAGAGUUUAAGGGUUAAAUGGUUACCAGCAAGGAGAAUUUAAAAAAUCUCUGGAAAUGCUAGGAGUAGUUUGUAAUGUACCGUAGUAAAAGCAUCCAAUCCAGGAGGAGUGGCAAUUCUCCUUGUCGCUAUAUGUUAUGGAACUGGGGAUAAGCUCUAUUGUCAUGGGCCUCUUUGGCUUGUGUGGUGUGUUUACCUCUUAUGUUCUAAUGGCAGCUAGAAGGGUUAAUUAUCAGACAGAUCACAUGAGAGAGAGAGAGAGAGAGAGAGGAAUUUAAUUAUGAAAAAUCACUUAAUCUUACCAGGUGACCGUGCAAAGAUAAACAAGCUGGUUCAAAUGGCCUGGACUUUCUUAAAUGACAGGUUUGUUUUCUCACAUGUAACCUUUUGGAACCAUGACCUAGUGAUUCAAAGAGUAAAAUCCACCAUUCUCAAAGGUUCAUUCAGAACUCUGUAUGGGAGAUUUGCAUUAAAUAUUUUGCUUUCUGUUUUGGAGAAAAUUACUCCUUUCAAUUCUGGCCGGGUGCACCAAGCUGCAGUUGGACAGAAUUAAUUUUAACAAGCAAGGCUAUGGUGAUGACUUUUUGAGAUUUUUUUAUUAAAUUAAAUAUGAUUGGUGUCAUUGCUGCUAUUCAAAACCUUUCAGCUUGUCUACUCCUCUGUGUUUGAGAUACAAACCUGAAGUCAUCUCAGUUGCCAUGAUAGCUUUAGCAGCAAAGUUUAACAACCAUGACUUACAAGCCACCUCUAGUGCUCCUGGAAAAACAUGGUACCACUCAUUCACUAAGGGGGCCACAGAGUCUGUGGUUGAAGGUGAGUUUUGACUGGUCCAAUGGAAAUGGUAACACUGCAGUAAGUUUUAGGGGCUUCAAAGGUCAUUUGGUGUUUUGAAUCAGAAUGCCCUCUUCUGGGAAGAGAUGGAUUUGAAAUUUAGCCCGAAGCUGAAAUAUCUUAUUUUAUUGCAGGUAAUUUAGUGAUAACAUCUGAGUUGAAAACGUAAAUUAGCCACUGCAAAGGGUAAAAAAAAUGACGUUUCGAGCAUUAGCCCUUCAUCAGAACAAUUCAUCAACCCUUCAGCUUCAGCCCUUCAUCAAUCGCUCUGACGAUUGACAAUUCAGCCCUUCAUCAGUCACUCAGAUGAAGGGCUAACGCUCGAAAUGUCAGCUUUUUCACCCUUUCCGGAGGCUAAUUUACAUUUUCAACUCAGUUGUUAACACUAAAUUACCUGCUAUACUCUCCCACCAAUGCAGCACCAAAGUUUCUUUAGAAACUCACCCCUUUAUUAUCUUAUUUUAUUGUUUGGUAAGAACAACCCUGGAUUUCACAAUAUAUCUUUUUCACCUCAUGAAGCUUUAUAUAAUCUUCUUUUAACAUAGUAUCUUGUAUAGUGGUGUUCUUUUGUGAACAAACAAUUUUGCAUUAAAUAUUUUGAUUGCAGAUAUUUGUGAUCUGAUGCUGGAACUCUAUGGUGGUGAAAAAAAGAAGGGGAAAACUGAAGCCAGUGAUGAAGGAAGCUCAUCAAACCAUUCCAGUCCAAUGAUAAACCCCAGUCCACCAGCUGCCAAGAAGAGAGUGAGUUUUUCUUGUCAAUAAAUGAUGAAUAACAAUUGGCGGCAAAAUUGUUGACACAUUGACCUUUUCAACCCCCUAUGACUUCGAUUUUAUAUCUUUUGCCUUUGUUAAAUAAAUCCAUUUGCCCCUUCCCCCCUCCUCCCCCCCCCAAAAAAAAAAUGCAGUGUUGUAUGGUGAUUCCAGGAACUUUUAGCCAUGUACAGGCAACAUUGAAUCAGCGAAAGGGGGGGGGGGAGGUUUAGUGAUUAAGAGUGGGGUAGACACAGGAGUGUUAAUCUACACAUAAAUUGGACUGUUCAAACAUGAUGUGUCAACUUGUUUUGAGGCUGACUGUAGAUCUAUUUUAUAUUUGUGAGUGAGGUCUUGACAAACUGACAUUUAAAAAUAACUAUUUCUCCUGUCAGAAACACACAAGUACAUCUUUAGAGGUCAAAUCCCAGACGGUGGCUCCAGGUAUGAACAAGUUUAUAAUAAUAAUAUCUUAAUUUGACCUGCAUGGUUGGCAGUUUUAAGGGCACUUGAAGUAUUGUGUACUGGAAAUUGCAAAAACAAGCUGCAAAGUCACAAGGAAAUAAUGGGGGUGAAUUUCUAAAGAAACUGUGGUGCUUUAGAUGAUACAUUGUGACAAUUUGGUUUUUUCCAACUUUGUUUAUAAUUUAAAUUUGCCACUGUAAAGAGUUUCUAGGGCUGAAAUUUCAAGGGUUAGUUGUAUCGUCAUUUACUCAUAGAAACUCCCUGCAGUGGCCAAUUUACAUUUAUUUAUCAACUCUGUUGAAAAAAAAAACAAACGAUCUUGUUAUAACCCUCAGCAAUGCACCACUGUUUACUGCUGUACCCUGAGAAUAAGUGACCUGGGAAGAAAAAAAAGUUAAAAAUAUGUUGUUCAAGGUGAAUGGUUUGCUUUCUUUUUGACUCUGUCUGUCUCUUGCUACAGACUAAAUUGUAAAUUAAAGUAGAUAAAAUUUUUCAAAGGAUUUUUUUCUUUCAUCAGAUACUCCUACUGCCACAAGUCAGGUCCUUACAGAGCCACUGAAGCCACUGCCUCCAGCCUUGACAUCAUCUCAAAUACAAGUGGAGAAUGUCAGUCCUGCACCAGUUUCCACACAGCAGCAGCAGCAGCAGCCUCCGAUUGCAACAGUCACAACUGAACCACCCAAGGUUACCCAAACUGUUGACACUACAUUUGCAUCAGCUCAAACAGGAAAGCAAAUAAUUGAAACAUCAGCAGCAGUAGCACCUGCUGCUUUGCAACCUACUUUGACGUCUUUUGCUGUGGCUACAUCGUCUUACAAUUCGGAUCAAGCCUACGCUAUGAACAUUUACCAACAGACAGUACAGCCAGCAGGAAUUGCAACACUGACAACAAAUGCUUCAUUUCAGCCUACAUUAGGAAGUGGAACUCUUGGUUCUGUGCCUUCAUUUCACUUACCUGCUCAAUUUCAAAACCAGUCGUAUUUGCCACCAACCCAAGGAUAUUCUCACUUUGCUACCCCUGCUGGUUUCCCCAAUGUUCCUCCUCCACCCCUUCCCCCCAUGCCCAGCAGUGCAGUAUACCCUCCACCUCCAAGCGGAGUCAGCACCCUGCAGACAUCUGCAGCAUAUGGGGUACCACCUCCUCAAGGCAGACCACCUCACCCUCCAAUGUCACUCCCUCCCCCUCCCCUUCCACCAUUGCACGGCGGACAAAUGCCACCAAUUCCUCAGGUUGGCUCAAAAGAUUAUCAAUGGCCAAGACAGUUUGGUGUUCCUCCAUCACAGAACCAACAGAUGGGAGGUUGGAUGAGAUGAUAAAAGAUAACGAUAGUUGUAUAAAAAAUUAUGUCCCACAGUAACCUCAAUAAUACCGGUGUUCCUGUUUAACUGACAACAAUAUUAUUAAAGUUAUUAAAGUAGAUUAAGUUAACUUUCAAGACUACAUGCAGAGCCAACCUGAUUAAAGGGUCCUCC